AUGGCCGUGGUUGAGAACUUGAGGGCCGCAGGCUCGUUGUCGAGCCUGUUGUCAUUGAAAGUGUUGGCUCUGGCGUCAGUAUUGCUGGCUGGACUGGGUCUUACGUGGUUGGUCGUCGAUUAUGCCAGAAUGCUACGACUUCACAGGAAAAUGCCACCCGGACCCAUACCUUGGCCAAUCGUAGGGAGCACUUUCUCCCUACCCAAAUUAAAGCCCUGGUACUACUUCGAAGCACUUUCGAAGCAAUUCGACAGUCCAGUGAUCACUUUUUGGAUUGGCCGCAGUCCGACAGUCUGGAUUAAUGACGCAAAGUCUGCUUCGGAGAUACUGGAGAAAAAAGCUGCGAUCUACUCGUCCAGGCCACGGAUGGUUGUCUUUGCCGAGUUGACAGAGAUGCAUCAGUCAGCUGACCCGAACUCCAAGCUGCCCGGCAAUAACCUGGUCACUAUGUUCUAUGGCGAGCGUUGGCGUGUCCAUCGCAAGAUCACGCAUCAGGGUGUCGGCUUGCAGCAGGUGCGAAACUAUCGUGGCUUCCAGAACGAUGAGAGUCGAUUGGUCGCAUACGACAUUCUUCAUGACCCGGCCAACUUCGUAGCGUAUUAUGAACGCUAUGCAACAAGCGUCGUGUCAAUCAUUGGCUUUAACCGCAGAGUGUCGAGCAUUGACAAUCCGAUCAUUACUGAGGUGAUAGCAGUGAUGCAGAAAGCUGCUGAGCUGAACGUGCCUGGUAAAGAGUUCCCAAUGCUAUUUGAGACAUUCCCAGCGCUGUCUCAUCUGCCACGAUCCUGGUUCCCAUGGUUUUUCAAAGGCAUGAGUCGGCGACGCAGAGGCCAGGACUUCUUCUAUACCCUUGCCGAGGAGGCGCACAAGAAAGACCCGACACAGACGUGCUACGCGAAUUCGCUAUUCAAGGAGCAAGAAAAGUACAACCUCGGAAAGCCAGAUAUAUCAAGCCUUGCGGGUAACCUUUUUGGUGCUGGUAGUGAUACCUCAAGCUCGACUCUGGUCACCUUCACCCUGGCAUGUUGCGCUUUUCCUGAAGUCCUACCUAAAGCCUGGGAAGAGCUAGAUCGAAUUGUGGGUCACCACAGAAGUCCGUCGUGGGAAGAUGAGGCGGAGCUCUCCUACAUCAAAGCUUUCGUGAAGGAAGUAUUCCGCUGGCGUAGUGUUGCCAUCAUUGGUGGCCAGCCGCAUGCUCCAGUGUCUGACGAUGAGUGGAAUGGCUAUUCGAUACCCAAGGGUACCUGGACUCAGGGUAACGUUUGGGCAAUCCAUCACAACGAGAGAGACUUCCCCGAUCCUGAUCGAUUCAAUCCCGAGCGCUUCAUGAAGGAUGGUCGGGAUGCUCGCCCCUUCCCUAACGAAAAAGGAUACAUGACUUUCGGCUGGGGACGCCGAGUGUGCUCCGGCCAAGGCCUAGCCGAGCAGGGCACCUUCAUGACCAUUGCAAGGAUGUUGUGGGCUUUCAACAUUCAGAAGGCGCUUGACUCGCAAGGGAAGGAGAUCCCAGUUGAUAUCUUCUCCUAUAGUGACGGCUUGAACUGGCGACCGCAUCCGUUUCCAUGUCGGUUUACUCCUCGAUCACCCGAGAUUGUAGAUGCAAUUGAGCGUGAAGGACGGCAAGCGCUGCAGGACUUAUCGAUGUAUGAAGGAGAGUCGGAAGCAAUCACAGCAUUCUUCAAACGGAACAAGUGA